CCAACUCGGGACCUUGUGCUUUCGAGGCAGGCUGAGGAACCACUGGGCUAAAUCCCCGGCCCUUUUUCUUCUUAAGCUCAUGCUUUUGCUGCCCUUUCCGUAUUGCGGAUGCCCUUAUGAUGAGCGUGGCAUCCAGAAGCUUCUUUGGGGCCGUGCAGGGACUGAGGACCCAUCCUGCAGGGACUCACUUCGGUCACAUCGAUGCCUCUGGAGCCGCACAGGAGCAUGGAGGGCGGGUGGCCAGUGCUGGAGGCCUUGGGCUGGCCUCUCCUGUCCAAGUGCCCGAGCCCGGCAGGACUCCAAGAGACUGGCAAGCUCAGAGUGAAUGGUGCAAGGAGCAAGGGGCCCGGGAUGCUGCCCAGGGACUUCCAAAGCUGCUGAUGUCAGGCCUGUUUCCUGCUGCCUGGGCAGAAGGGUGAGCUUGGAUGGGAAGGCAUGCAGGCCUUGGAGGAAAUGCGAGCUUGGCGGAGAGGAAGGCUGAACUUGUGCAGUCACCCAGACACACCCGCAGGCCCACGGAUGAGCGGACAGUCCAGAGACACGAGGGCAUGUGAGGGCUUAUGGUCACGCGUGUCCUGGCCGCACUUCUCCCAGUCAUUCUCCCAUUGUGCCUGACUUCGCCUGACAGACCUUGGUCUCAAGCCCAGCCUAAGCCCUCAGGGAGCUUGCAGGGUGCCCAGCUGAGGACAUGCUGGCUGCACAUGAGGUAAUAAGGCACAGGCGAGGAGAGGUAGUGAGGUGCCCAGCCCUCUGUGGAACCCGGGCUUGGGGGCAGCAGGAAGAGGCAGGCUGGGUGGCAGCAGUGGAGCUCUGAUGUGUGUGGAGGGGUCCCCUGCAGUGACCAGGCAGAGCGGGCGGGUCAUGGCAGCCCAGAACCUGGUGCAGCCACAGCAUGGCCUGUGCUUCCUUGUGGCUGUGCCGGAGCUUGGACUCUGCCACCUCGAAGCAAACCCACCUUGAACCACCUUCUGCCCAAAGCAGCAAGCAUUUUACAAAACUGAAAAGGCUGGCCCAAGGGAACACACCAGGAAAAGAUGGCCUGCAUCAGAGGGCUCUGAGCCCCAGCAGUCUCCCUGCUCUCCACGUGGUUUCCCAGGCACUGUACCUCACAGUCUGGGGUCACCCCACCCACACGUCCAUCCCACAGGCAGGGAGGGGCACAAAUCAGCUCUGUCCAGACUGCUGCGACACCUGUGUGUGAGGAGGCCCGGGGCCUCAGGAAAGGCAUGAUGGUACUUCUGAACCAAGCAGCAUGGUGGGCCAGCAGAAUGGCCAAGCCCGGGCUGACCAGCCUUGCUAGCCAGGAGGCCUUGGGACAGGAGCUCCCUGCAUGGCCUGAGGCAGUACGGCCCUUGUGCACCAGGCCAGCAGACACCAGGCUGUCUAGAAGACGCAGCUAGGCCCAGUGUGGCUGAGGCCAAAGGGAGCUGGGGGUGUGGUUAGAGCUGAAGAGCCCUGGCUGGGGCAGGGAGCAGUUGAGUGUGCAGAAUGCUUACUGGGGGCCUGGGACUGGAGCCAGGUCUGAAGGGCCAGUUAGGACCUGCUAAGGACACUGGGGUAUUGGGGAGCCGGACAUCCCCAAGGCUAGACUGGGCUCUGCCAGCACAGGCCUAGGCAUGGAAGAGGCAGGAGGAACUGGGUGGAAGUGGCCAGGCUGUCCCCAGCCCUGGUUUCCGCCUGCCUGGCCUGGCCAGCCUCCCUGCCUCUGUGGGCACAGUCACCGCCCCUCCACUGAGAAGGGGUGGGGAGGACACUGUUCCUCUCCUGGGCUGGCGCUGAGCAGCGGACGGGCUGAUAAGCACUGCAGCGCCCUGCCACCUCACCACCAUGAAGGACGAGGUGGCUCUCCUGGCCACCGUCACUCUCCUGGGAGUCGUGCUGCAAGCCUACUUCUCGCUGCAAGUGAUCCGGGCGCGCAGGGCCCACCGCGUGUCGCCACCGCUCACGACCGGCCCGCCCGAGUUCGAGCGCAUCUACCGAGCCCAGGUGAACUGCAGCGAGCACUUUCCGCUGUUCCUCGCCACGCUGUGGGUGGCCGGCGUCUACUUCCACGAAGGCGCCGCGGCCCUGUGCGGCUUGGUCUACCUGUUCGCGCGCCUCCGCUACUUCUGGGGCUACUCGCGCUCCGCGGAGCUCAGGUUGGCCCCGCUGUACGCGAGCGCGCGCGCGCUCUGGCUGCUGCUGGCGCUGGCGGCGCUCGGCCUACUCGCCCACUUCCUGCCGGCCGCGCUUCUCCGACCGCUGCGGGCGCUGCUGCGGAGCGCCUGAGCUGAGGGACGGCGGGCUAACGCCGCCACAGAAGGAAAGUCGGAGCUUCCGGAGUUCCCGGAGUUCCCGCCGCCGCACCUGUCCCUAAUAAACUUCCUGGGAGCCGGCCCUGGCUGUGCUGUCUGCUGUGGGCCCCGCGGGGCCGGCGCGGACAGAGAAAGGGCCCCGGGCGGGCGUCUUCCAGGCCUGCCUUCCCUUCCUCGGCCCGCCCCCGGCCCAGCCAGAGCGGCGCCCUCUUUCUGGCCCACACAAGCACACACUACCGCAGAGCGGCGGGCAGAGGCCUAGGGAGGCAAGGAUAGGCACUGAACUGAACCCGGGAUAAAGCUCCCAGGCGGGGCCAGCCGCCCACUGCCCAGGCCGGGAGGUGCCAGCGAAGGCCGCCCACAGUGCACGGGCCCGACCCCCGGAGGGGCCACGGUGGCACGGCUGCGUGGGGCGCCCCGAAAAGCGUCCAAGGCCCGGGCCUGCCAGGGAGAGGCGGGGAUCCCCUUCCCACUGCAGGUUUCGGGGACCCUCAGGGCUAUAACAAGUGUCGAGGCACACGCUUCAUUAACCCUUUAUUACAAGUCACGCUCUUAUAGAAGUAUAUGAGGACUUAAGUGAAAAAUCAAAUGUAUCCAAGAAUAAAAAACACAGCACAUAAA